UCGAGCUCCUCCAAGCCAUGUUCUCAGACCUUGAGGUCCUCCACCCCCUCCCCACGUCCUCCAACCUCCUCGACGUCCUCCAGCUCGUGUCCUCCAACCUUGAGGUCCUCCAACCCACAUCUUCCGACCUCCUCGAGGUCCUCCACCCCCCGUCCUCCAAGCUCCUCGAGCUCCUCCAAGCCAUGUUCUCAGACCUUGAGGUCCUCCACCCCAUCCCCACGUCCUCCAACCCCCUCAGCCUCCUCCACCCCCUGUCCUCCAACCUCCUCGAGCUCCUCCAACUCAUGUCCUCCAACCUUGAGGUCCUCCAGCCCACAUCUUCCGACCUCCUCGAGGUCCUCCAACUCGUGUCCUCAAGCCUCGAGGUCCUCCACCCCCUCCCCACGUCCUCCAACCUCCUCGGGGUCCUCCCCCCCCCGCCCUCCAACCUCCAGCUCCUCCACCCCAAGCCCUCCAGCCUCGCCGUCCUCCACCCCGCCCCCUCCUUGCCCUUACUCCCUCUCCCCCCACGACCUCCUCCUCCUCCCCGACGGUUCCCCGCCGGGUCUCCCGGCCACCCGGGCCACCUUGGCUCGUUCCUCCCCCGUCCUGGAGGCCAUGCUGGGAGGUUCCUUCACCGAAGCCCACCAGGAGGCCGUGGCCUUGCACCUCGCCCCCCGCCGCCCCCUCCUCCUCCUCCUCCACUACCUCCACGGCUGCCGGGGUCCCCCCUGUCCCCAACUGUCCCCUCCCGUGGCCCCCUCGGCCGCCGACGCCGCCGCCGCCUUGGCCCGACGCUACCUGGUGGCCGGCUUCGAGGCCACCGUGGCCACCGGCCUCGUCGCCCCGCCCGCCGCCCUCUGGGAGCUGGCCGAGCGCUGGGGUUGCGUCCCAUUGGCCGCCCGGGCCGCCCGUCUUCUCCUCGAGGGGGACGUCCGACGGGUGGCCCGACAGUUGGCCGAGGUGGCCCGGGUGGCCCGUUGUCCUCCUCGCUUGGCCAAGGCUUUGAUGGCCGCCGUGGCUCCUCGGGGAGCUCGGCCUCGCCUGGAGAUGGGGCAGCCGUGGGGGGGGGGGGGACCCCUUGGUCGGGCCCCUCGGGGACCUGAGGACCUCAAGUACGUCCAGGAGGACCUCAAGGACUUCCAGGAGGACCUCAGGGACUUCCAGGAGGACCUCAAGGAUGGCCAGGAGGACCUCAAGGACGUCCGGGAGGACUUUGAGGACCUCGGGGACACCCCUGAGGACCUUGGGGACCUCCAGGAGGACCUUGGGGACCUCCAGGAGGACCAUGGGGAUGUUGAGGAGGACCUGCAGGACCUCCAGGAGGACCUCCAGGAUGGCCAGGAGGACUUUGGGGACUUCCAGGAGGACUUUGGGGAUCUCCAGGAGGACUUUGGGGACCUCGGGGACGCCUCUGAGGACCUCGGGGAUGUCUCUGAGGACCUCGGGGACCUCCAGGAAGACCACGGGGACCUCCAGGGGGACCUCAGGCACAUUCAUGAGGACUUUGGGGGCCUCCAUGAGGACCUCCAUGAUGCUGAGGAGGACUUUGAAGACCUCCAGGAGGACCUCGGGGAGGUCCAGGAGGACCUCAAGAACCUGGAGGACCUCAGGGACCUCCAGGAGGACCUCAGGGACACCUCUGAGGACCUCAGGGACCCCUCUGAGGACCUCACGGACCUCAAUGAGGACCCCGGGGACCUCCAGGAGGACCUCGGGGACCUCCCGAUGGAGGUCGGGGCCCCCCGGGACGAGGAGGACGUGGAGAUGGAGGUGGGGGGACCUCCCUGA